AAAGUGUCAAAAGUUUAAAAAUACCGUAAAAAUUACCAUUAUUCGCCAAACAAUCAUGUAAAUAGCACGUACUGGCACUAAGAAAGUAUAAUUUAAGUGUUUCUGUGUUUAAAUGGAUAGAGGACGGUUCUCGUUAUUGCAAUUGGAUCCGGGGGAAAUUUAUUUCGAAGAUUUCAGUGUAAUUUUUAUACCUUCCGAUACGACCCCAAAGACUUAUGAUUGCAAAAAACAGGAUGGCAGACUUAAGAUGUGCUCGAAGUCAUUAUUAUUUGAUCCCAAGGAUAUUAACAAACCCAUUAUUAAAAUACCACUUAAGGACUGUGUAAUCAUAGAACAAUGGAAAGGGAGCGCAAAAUUUUUAAAAAGCAACAAUGUUCUAAGUGUGAACACCAGGGAAUACAUUGAAAUGUUGGAAGGGAAUGUUGUGGCUCCCUAUAAGUUUAAAGAGUCUGCGAAUUUUUUGUUUUUGUUGAAUUACGCGAAUAUUAUGAAUUGUUUGCCGCAAAUUUGUCAGCUGCAUAGGGCCAGCACUUUACCAGCAGCUGAACAAGCAGAUAUGAUAGCCGCUAUUGUACAUUCCAGACAGGCGAGAGUGAAUUUUGACCCUUUGUGGUUAGAUUUAUAUGAAAAAGUAAUUUUUGAGGCACAAGCCGACAAGGUGCAACCUUUAGUGGUUAACCCAGGGAGAAUUGUUUUGUCCACCUCUAGAUUGUUUUUUCAGACUUACAAUAAUGUAGAAACGCAUCCAGUAAUUAAAAUAGACUUGGCCAGUAUUAAAAGGAUUGUAAAAAGAAGAUUUCUACUGAGGCAUAUUGGUCUUGAAAUAUAUUGCAAUGACAACAGCACAAAUCCCCACAUAUACCUCUCCUAUAGAAAUCGACAGGAUAGGGAUAAUUUUUAUGAGAAAAUUUUUGAACAGCCCGAGCUGAAAAUCAAUGAAAUUGGUCAGGAUGUUAUGACUCUUCAGUGGCAAAACGGUAUCAUAUCGAAUUACGAAUAUUUGGAGUACAUUAAUAGCUUAGGAGACCGAACAGUCAACGACUUAACCCAAUAUCCAGUAUUUCCUUGGAUAAUAUCCAAUUACACAUCGGAUGAAUUGGACUUAGAAGAUCCGAGUAACUAUCGGGAUCUUUCAAAACCGAUUGGGGCUUUAUGCGAGGAGCGCCUCAAGCGCCUAUUGGAGCGCUACAACGAAAUGCCGCCUCCCAAGUUUAUAUACGGAUCUCACUACUCCACCCCCGGCUUCGUUUUGUACUAUUUGGCAAGGUUGUAUCCACACUACGUCCUAUGCUUGCAGAGCGGUAGAUUCGAUCAUCCGGACCGGAUGUUUAACUCUUUGGCGGAUGCGUACAAGAAUUGCAACACGAACAUGUCGGAUUUUAAAGAGUUGAUACCGCAGUUCUACGACGUCACGCAAGAGGGCAGGUUUUUGGUGAAUAACAUGGGUAUUAAUUUCGGGUAUAGGCACAAUAGCGCGAAGGUUUCCCACGUUAAACUACCGCAGUGGGCCAAUAGUCCCAGGCAUUUCGUUGAGGUACUCAGAGAUGCUUUGGAGAGUGAUGUAGCCUCGAAAAAUUUACACCUUUGGAUAGAUCUCAUUUUUGGAUACAAACAGAAAGGGGAGGAAGCCUUAAAAGCCCACAAUCUGUUCUAUUAUUUAUGCUAUGAAGGAAACGUGGACUUGGAGUCUAUAACAGACUUAAACCAAAGACACGCUCUCGAAGUGCAAAUAAUGGAAUUCGGGCAAAUCCCAAAACAAGUUUUCAAGGUACCUCAUCCUCAAAGAAAAGUAGGAAUACCUCUAAACAAAGAGCCAUACCAAAUAGAAAAAACAUCUGCCUUCAGCGACAACUGGAAAACCAUGUCGAAUUUAGAACUGGUUACCAGUUUUAACUCGCAUAAGGGAGCCGUUAAUUUUUUGUUUAUAAAUGAGGAUGGAACAAGAAUUACGUCUGUUGGUCAUGAUUCAAAGUUGAAGGUAUUUUCGCUACCUCAAAAUAAACAGACCAGAUCCGCUAAUAUUGGAAAUAUGCCUUUGAGUAGCUGUAUACAGCUUCCAAAUGUCAACGUGCUUGUGAUAGGCAGCUGGGACAAUCAAAUUGUUUUGUAUGAUAUGGACUAUGGAAAAGUGACGGAAACAGUUUUGGCUCACGAAGACGCCAUUACGUGUAUGUCGUUUGGGUUUAAGUGUAACUUGUUGGUAUCUGGAAGUGGAGAUUGCACGGUGAAAAUUUGGAAAGGCUUGAAUACCAAUGGCAUCAUAAAGCCCAUACAAUGCCUUCAAAAACAAAUCGACCAUAAUUCCCAUGUGAACUGCCUAACCUUUAAUUUCGAAAAUACGUACUUAGCCGUGGGCACGGAUGACGGCGAAAUCUACAUCUGGAACACCGAAGACUUCGCUUUGUUCAAAAAAUACCAAGUCCUCGAGUCUUCCAUAAAAGCGAUCAGCUAUAGCCCCGACGGCCUGAAGUUGGCCUUGGGUGGUACCGAUAAGGUUUUUAAAAUUAUCGAUGUUACCUCUGGUUUGUCGGUGUGCACGAAAACUUUGAAGUCUCCGAUCACGAGUUUGAAAUGGAUGGAUUAUUUGGUGGUGCUUGGAUGCGAAGAUGGCGUUGUGUAUGUUUGGGAUAUUUUCGAGGUUAAGUUGCUGUUUGAGAUUCAAGCGCAUGAAGGUUUUGUAAAGACUGUAGACAUAUCAUUCGAUCGAAGUUUCAUUGUGACUGGUAGUCAGGACCGUUCAAUCAAAGUGUGGAAACCACAAUAAAAAAUUUUAAAGUGAAAGUUUAUAAUUGUUGUAUUUUAUACUUAAAUACCGUUGUUUUAUAUUGUGAUAUAUUUUUAUUAAAAG